CUCUCCCCCCCUCCUCUUCCAACAAUGCCUGGUGUUGUCCUUGAUCAUUGAAAAGCGCAGGAUGAUCCUCCUCGAUGUACCAUUCAGAGAACUAGCAUUAGAAACAGCUCAUGGACGAUAAACAUGCACCUGACAUUGUCCUUUCGGUUACAAACCAACAUCUCUCUCUUCCAAUAAUCCAUCCCUCCAAAAAAUUUGACCCUCAGUUUGCGCCCCCAUAAUCAUCAUGUUACUCGGGUCAGCGUGUUCGUGUCUGUCGAGAUUGAGAAACAUAGAGAUGCUGGAGCCAGUGCGUUCCUCGGAUGGCCUUUCUAUUCAUUGGUCAGUGUUUCCCAUGCGCUUCCUUCAUUGGUUAUGUUAUUGCUCCGUGCAUCAUACGCUUGUUUUGGAACCUGAUCCACGUGCUUAAGUAUUUUAUAUGCGGCAGGCCUAUAUCAGCAUUCACGGAUUAUCUUAAUUGAACAAGUUUUGCCCGACUCCCAUGUCCCCACCCUGCGUCAAUAGACGUGCCUGCCACCCAAUCCUCCCCGUUGAUGGAGACCGCUGUAGAUGUUGGUCUCUCCUUUAUUUGAGACAGAGAUGCAUCCAAUAAAUUUUGAUUUGAUACCAUGGCAAAUGCGAGUCAUAGUUUGCAAUUCCAAGCAUUCCUGGAAUAACGAUCAGAAGCUUCCUUUUCUUUUUUCAAAGACGAAAAAUGUGAUUUUGUCCAAAUAAAACCUGCCCUCCUCAAGUGAAUUCGACAUCAUUUCAGCACGAGUUCACAGGCUCUGUUUUCCCUCCUUUUAGUGCAGAAAUGUUGUGAUGGAUAGAGUUUCGAUCGCCAGAUUCCCGUUGGUGCAUGAAUCGUGAAAAGGAGCGCACAUAAGCCAAGCAAACCUGAAGUUAUGGACUCAAUCCCCAAGAAUGAUACAAACGGAUGGUACGGCAUGCCCGGCGACCCCAAAAAGCCAGAUCAAACAGCCAAAGAUGUCUCCAAGUCUACAGCUGAUUCGCCUGCUAAACCUGCAAAGUCUGAUCCAUUUCCCAAAGAUUGUGAAGUUGGAUUGAGAAAAGUUGAACGGGAUAACAAGAACAAUGCAACCGUUGAUGGACUCCCCAUUUGCCGGCAGCAGAUUCCAGGCCUAACAAGAAUGCAUGCCAAUAAUCAUGACCACAAUGAAAUUCCAACAGCUUCAUCUGCAGCGACAUUGACAAGUAGACCACUCACACUGAUGACGCUGCAACCGCAACCAAAUACAAAGAACUGCAAUAGCCAGCAGGGAUCGAGCCGUUCUAACAGCUUGGAGAGCUCGGGUGUGAUGCUGAGGCCCCACACAGGUGGGGAUGUUCGAUGGGAGGCCAUCAAUAUGGUGCCCAAGGGAGGUCCUAAACUUGGUAUGAGCAACUUUCGGCUCCUGAAACGCAUAGGAUAUGGGGACAUAGGAAGCGUGUAUCUCGUGGAGCUCCGAGGAUCCAACACUCACUUUGCAAUGAAAGUGAUGGACAAGUCAUCCCUUGCCAGCAGAAACAAACUCCAGCGAGCUCAGACCGAAAGGGAGAUACUCGGGCUCCUCGACCACCCAUUCCUGCCCACUCUUUAUUCUUACUUCGAGACCGAAAAGUUCUAUUGCUUGGUCAUGGAGUUCUGCAGCGGAGGAAAUCUGCAUUCCCUCCGUCAAAAGCAACAAAACAAGCGUUUCACGGAAGAAGCUGCGAGGUUUUAUGCGUCGGAGGUGCUGUUGGCGCUGGAGUACCUGCACAUGCUAGGUAUUGUAUACAGGGAUCUGAAGCCAGAGAACGUGCUGGUGAGAGACGAAGGGCAUAUAAUGCUUUCAGACUUUGACUUAUCGCUACGGUGCUCGGUCAGCCCAACACUAGUGAAGUCCUCAUCGGUACAUGUAGGUGGCGGCGGCGGCAGCAGCAGCAGCAGCAGCAGCAACGGUCUUUCGUCUGGGGCCAUUUUGGAUGAUGAGUUUGCGGUGCACGGUUGCAUGCAGCCAUCCAACUUUCUGCCUCGGAUAUUGCCCGGGAAGAAGAACCGCAAGUCUAAAUCGGACUUCGGGGUGAUGAUGGGUGGAGGAGGGCCGCAGUCCCAAUUGCCCGAGCUGAUGGCGGAGCCAACCAACGUGAGGUCCAUGUCCUUCGUGGGGACCCAUGAGUAUCUGGCUCCGGAGAUCGUCCGUGGAGAAGGACAUGGGAGUGCGGUAGAUUGGUGGACGUUCGGCAUAUUCUUGUAUGAGCUGCUGCAUGGCACCACUCCUUUCAAGGGCUCGGGCAACCGGGCCACUCUCUUCAACGUGGUGGGGCAACCCUUGAGAUUCCCAGAGACCCCACAGGUGAGCUUCAUGGCGCGGGACUUGAUACGAGGCCUCCUAGUCAAGGAGCCCCACAAGCGCAUUGCCUACAAAAGAGGUGCCACUGAGAUCAAGCAACACCCGUUCUUCGAAGGAGUGAAUUGGGCCCUGGUGAGGAGUGCACCCCCUCCCCACGUACCUGAUCCCGUUGACUUCUCCCAGUUUGCUGUUAAAGAUCCAAAGGUAGAACACGCCAAGAAGAAGACGAUCACUGAUAACAAUACUACUCUUUAUCAGAAAGACGACAAUCCUAGUGACUCUUCUUACAUAGAGUUCGAAUACUUCUAACAAUCAUGGACAAUGGUGGAUAAAUUUAUCGCCAACGUUUGAUGUAUACAUGAAUAGAACUAAAGGUUUUGCAGUUUGAGUA